AUGAUCACCACCAUUAAGUUCAAGCUAGUCGCCAUUGCCUCGAUCCUCGCCGCCGGUGCCCUCGGCGUGGGCCUCCCCUUCUUGGGUCGGAAGCUCCCAGCCCUCCGACCCGAAAACAACAUGUUCUUUAUGAUCAAGGCCUUUGCGGCCGGGGUCAUACUCAGCACGGGCUUCGUCCACAUACUUCCCGACGCGUUCGAGAGCCUCAGCUCGCCGAACCUGGACGAGAACCCGUGGGGGAAGUUCCCCUUUGUAGGUUUUGUCGCAAUGCUUGCCGCCAUAGGGACCCUUAUGGUGGACACCUUCGCCACGAGCUUCUACAAAAGGGUUCAUUUCGAAAAAGGGAAGCGGGCGAAUCACGUCGCCGAUGAGGAGGCUAUUGUAAGAAGUGGAGACGACGACGUGGAGCACGCGGGCCACGUGCAUGUGCAUACGCAUUCGACGCACGGCCAUGCCCACGUGUCGUCUCAUGAUGACGAUGUCGGCGUCUCGGAUCUUGUCCGACAGCGCAUAAUAUCACAAGUUUUGGAGGUUGGGAUUGUUGUGCACUCAGUGAUAAUUGGGAUAUCAUUAGGGGCUUCACAGAGUUUGGAUACAAUAAAGCCUCUGUUAGCUGCUCUGUCUUUUCAUCAGUUUUUUGAAGGGAUGGGACUUGGUGGCUGUAUUUCUCAGGCGAAAUUCGAGUCGGUGACGAGGACAAUAAUGAUGGUAUUCUUCUCCCUCACCACACCAGUGGGUAUUGGUGUGGGGAUAGGGAUUUCGAGCGUUUACGAAGAAAAUAGCACGAAAGCCCUUAUAGUCGAGGGUAUUUUCAAUUCGGCCUCGGCCGGGAUAUUGAUUUACAUGGCGCUCGUGGAUUUGUUGGCAGCAGAUUUUAUGAACCCAAGGAUGCAGAGCAAUGUGAGGCUUCAGUUGGGUUCACAUAUUUCACUGCUUUUAGGUGCUGGAUGUAUGUCUUUUCUGGCCAAAUGGGCAUGA